UAUAUCAAGAAGAAGAGGAUCGACACGAAAGAGACGACGUGAUGAGUGACUGAGCGUUUCUUUUCUUGUCGGCUUCACUGUCAACGGCGCAUCAUCAUCAUUAUUUCGGUGCCGCACGCAAUUUAUUAUGCGCCGCAUCAGCAUUAUUAACAGCAGGAGCACUGCUUUUGUUGCUAUUGUUAUUGUUCCCGGAAAGGAGAAGGAAAAGACUCGCACAAGCUCUCCGUGCUCAUUACUCCCCUUGGCCUGGCCGCCGACGAAUAUGGAGGGCGCCGUGCUGUGCGCCGCCAACCACGCGCCGCUCACGCCAAUCUCCUUCCUCAUACGGUCCGCGCUCGUCUACCCUGACCGCCCCGCCAUCGUCUCCGCCGACGCCGGCGGCGCCGCGCCGACGCGGACAUGGCGGGAGACCCGCGCCCGCUGCCUCCGCCUCGCCGCCGCCAUUGCCGGCCUCGGCGUCCAGCGCCACCACGUGGUGGCGGUGCUGGCGCAGAACAUCCCGGCGAUGUACGAGCUGCACUUCGCGGUCCCGAUGGCCGGCGCCGUCAUCUGCGCGCUCAACUCCCGCCUCGACGCCGCCAUGGCCUCCGUCCUCCUCCGCCACUCCGAGGCCAAGCUGCUCUUCGUCGACGCCGCGCUGCUCCCCGUCGCCGCGGAAGCCCUCCGCCUCGUCUCCUCCGCCGGCGCCAACCCCCCCAUCGCCGUCCUCAUCACCGAGCUCCUCGACGACAACAACACGAACCCUCCUCCUUCUUCCUCCUCGGCCCUAAUCGAGCACGAGUACGAGGCUUUAAUGGCGGGAGGGUCGCCGGCGGAGGACUUCACGAUCCGGUGGCCGGAGGACGAGAACUGGCCGAUCGCGCUGAACUACACGUCGGGGACGACGUCGCGGCCCAAGGGGGUCAUCUACAGCCACCGGGGCGCCUACCUCAACAGCAUCGCCGCCGUGCUGCUCAACGACAUGGCGGCCAUGCCGGUGUACCUGUGGACGGUGCCCAUGUUCCACUGCAACGGCUGGUGCCUCGCCUGGGGCGUGGCCGCGCAGGGCGGCGCCAACGUCUGCCUCCGCAGGGUCACCGGCGCCGCCGUCCUCGCCGCCGUCGCGCGCCACGGGGUCACCCACCUCGGCGGCGCCCCCACCGUCCUCUCCAUGAUUGCCAACUCCGCCGAUGUCUCCGCCCCGCCGGAGCCGAAGAAGACGAACCAGAUUCAGAAUCAGAAGCAGAAGAACACCCCGCCGGAGCCGAGGAAGAAGAAGAAGAAGGUGGUCGUGAUGACGGGCGGCGCACCACCGGCGCCGGCGGUGCUCCACCGGAUGGAAUCGCUCGGCUUCCUCGUGAUCCACUCCUACGGGCUGACAGAGACAUACGGCCCGGCCACCGUGUGCACAUGGAAGCCCGAAUGGAAUUCCCUCCCGGCGGCGGAGCGAGCCGCCAUCAAAUCCCGGCAAGGGCUGCACCACAUCGGCCUCGAAUCCGACAUCAAAGACCCAUCCACAAUGCGCAGCGUGCCGCCGGACGGGGAGACGAUGGGGGAGGUGAUGUUCCGGGGAAACACGGUGAUGAGCGGCUACUACAAGGACCCCGCCGCCACGGCCGAAUCCUUCGCCGGCGGGUGGUUAAGAUCCGGGGACCUGGCGGUGCGUACCCCGGGGGACGGGUACGUGAAGAUCAAGGACAGGAAGAAGGACAUCGUGAUCUCCGGCGGGGAGAACGUGAGCACGGUGGAGGUGGAGGCGGCGCUGUUCGCGCACCCGGCGGUGGCGGAGGCGGCGGUGGUGGGAAGGGCGGAUGAGUUUUGGGGGGAGACGCCGUGCGCGUUCGUGGUGGUGAAGGAAGGGAUGGGGGAGAAGGUGGGGGAAGGGGAGGUGGUGGAGUUUUGUCGGAGGAGGUUGCCGGCGUUCAUGGCGCCGAGGACGGUGGUGUUUUUGGAGGAGCUGCCGAGGACGGCCACGGGGAAGGUGAAGAAGUUUGAGCUCAGGGAGAUGGCCCGGGCUUUGGGUAGCCUCCCAAGGCCUCCGGCCAGCAAGCUCUGAAAUUCUGAACGAAUUAAUGAACGAUGGUUAACGUAAUCACUGAAUUCGUCUUCCUUCCUUCGUUUCGAUCGCUUCGAACGCAUCAUCUUCGGGGAUAUGGAUGGACAAUCUAUUAAGCACAAAGACAUAGCUUCAAAUCGAAUCACUGAAACAACUGUCAAAAUUUUAUCAAGAGAAAAGAAAAAUCCUAGCACCGAGUGUCUCCGCCCGUACAAGAGACGAUCGCCCCUGGCCUGGGGCUUGUCUCCACCUCUGCCUCUCUGUGUCUAACAAGUGAUUGGAUGCAAUAACACGCGUGCGUGGAUAAAUAGAUUUCUUAGUUACAAAAGUUUAGAAAAGAGAAUGGUGUGAUUCACUGGACAUGUUAAAUCUAUCAGUAAUGCUAGUUAUUUUCCGA